AUGGGAGGCACAACAGGGGCUGCUUCGACGGCGGCGGCAGAGUCGGCUUUGACAUCAACAUUAUCAACAUUAACAGCAACACCGAGAACGACGGUAACGGUCAGCGCCAACCUACUGGCAACAGUUGGCAGCCUUGGCCAUAGCGGGCACGGCGGCCAUAGCGCAAACGGUCUGAACGUCAACGUUAUUAAUGACAAGGGUCUCGAGCCACGGGCGCGCUGCAGCCAGUGCGGGCGCCGGCGCACAGGGUGCCACCACCUCCCGCAUCAGCAGGGCGUCCAGCAGCCCGCCUCCUCGUCGUCGGCCGCCAGUGCAAUAAUUGCCAACGGAGCCCUCAGCGCCGCCGCUCCGCACACACGACCCCGCAGGAUCUCCAAGCUAAGACACCGCGCUGCUUUAAGUGUAACCUCUGCCCAACAACCCCAACAGGCCCAGCAAUCCAAUGCCGCCGUCGCCGCGCUUACUUUCUCGCAACCCACCUUUCACUCGGCCUCGGAAUCGAGCGACGCCAGCAGCCCUGCCAUGGAACCGCCCGUGCUCUCGUUUUACGGAAAAGAGCCCGUGCCGCUGCCCUCGCGUUUUGCCCAGAUCAAGCGCAGUCUCGUCGCCGGCCACGAGAAAGAGCUCGAGGCGUCGUGGGCCCGCCUGAUCCAUGCGCUGCGCGACCAUGUCGACGACAUUGCGUCGCGGGGCUCCAGCCUGACGCCAAGCAUUGACUUUGCCGACAUCCGCAACCCGGACGCCCGUGCCGCCUUCUCAUGCGACCUCAAACGCUACGGCCUCGGGUUAAUACGCGGCGUCGUUCCCCGCGCCGAUGCGCAGGUCGCCAUUGACGAGACGGUAAAGUACCUCGAGAAGCAGACCGACUACAAGGAGCCGCCGCCUCAGGAUCCGACAUGCUUCGACUUUUUCUGGACCCCUGCGCAGGUGCGCACGCGAGCACACCCCCGCGUUAUGGAGGCCCAACGGUUCGCCAUGUCGCUGUGGGACAAUGCCGCCGACGAUCGCAUGGCCAUCCGCUUUCCCAUUGCGUACGGAGACCGUUUGCGCAUCCACGGCGCAAACAUUGGCAACGUGGGUCCCGACGCCCCACCAAAGGCCAGAGAGUCGGAACCCUUGCGCGACGAGGACGCCGACGACGGCCUGGAAGCGCAACAAGCCGCUGCAGAGUUGCUCGGCGAUUUCAACUCCUCGACCGUCAUUGCGCAGGUCGACAACGGUAGUCUCGAGCGAUGGGAGCCCGACGGCUACGGACGCGGCGGCACCUACGACGCCGUGUUCAGGGGCGAGUGGGAGAAGUACGACCCCUGGGACCCAACAUACCGCGUCAGCGCCACGCCGGACCUCUACAACGGCUACGGCGCCUGCAGCAUCUUCCGCAUGUACCAAGGCGUCGUGGCCCUCAGCACCAUCGAGCCGGGCCUGAUCCGCCUGCUCCCCAGCCCCAAGCUGGCGACCGCAUACUUCUUACUCCGGCCCUUCUUCUCGCCCAAAACAAAGCCACCCGAGCGCCGUGACGGUCCCGAGUGGGACGCCUUCCUCGACCCGUCCAACUGGGCCCUCGACAAGGAGCAGACCACCAUCAUCCACGGCGCCGUCCCGGGCCACGCCCAGCGCAUCACCGAGCUCUGGCACCCGCACCUGCACAUCCGCCGCACCCUCGUCACCAUCCCCACCCUGCAGACCGGCGACUACAUCGUCUGGCACCCGGACCUGGCAUACCACAUCACCUCCAACCCCAACGUCAUGGCCAGCCGCGCCCCGACUCCUCCCCCGCGCGACGAAAACAACAACAGCAACGACUCUGCCCUCUCCGGCGGCGGCCGCCCCGUAUCAAUUUUGGUCUACGUCCCCGCCGCGCCGCUCACUCAGACAAACGCGCUGUACCUCGCCCGCCAGCGGAAGACCUUCCAGCGGGGCCACCCGGGGCCGGACUUUGACUCGACGGGGAGCGGUCUUGGCAGCGAGGCGACCCACGUCGGGCGUCCGACCGAGACGGAUAUCGCCGAGGUGGGCGGACCGGCCGGGUUGCAGGCCAUGGGGCUUGCGCCCUUUGAUGUGGCGCCUACGCCGCCGGAUGCGAACGCUACCCAGGCUGCGGCUGCUGAUGGGGAUGUGGACAUGAACGGGGAGUCGGCGUCGGCGCAGCAACAGCAGCAGCAGCAGCCGUCUAUGACGAGGGCGGAAGCCGAGGUGGCGCGCAUGGCGAACAUUAUCUUGUUUCCCGACCGAUACGACUUUUACAUGGCCAAGCGCAACGCGAACGGGAGUAAGAGGAGUAAGGUUCGGGUGGAGAAGUUGUUGAACCCCGUGGAGGAUGAUAGUGGGAGAGGAAAGGCGAAGGGGAAGGAGGCGGCGGGCAGGAGCUGA